AUGCCCGAAAUUCCUAUCAGCGUAGCCUGUAAAACAGGGUAUGCUUGGGACACUGAAUUUUUUGGGGUGGCCGGUGGGGAUUUGUGCAUUGUGAUCCCAAACGAUGCCAAUUCACGAACCUUCAAGUUUGAUAUAUUUGCACUGAAGAGGGAUUAUUCUGAGUGGGUUUUGAAGUAUCGGGUUGUUGUCGCGCCUUUGACCGAUGUGUAUCCUGAAAUUCGGAGAAGUGUGUGUGGGUUUGGUCUUCCUUGGUUUGCUGUGACUGCAAUGAAAGCUGUGAUUAAGAUUUCGAUGGAAAUGAAACUUAUUUCUUGUGAUAUCAGCAAUAUGGUGGUUGAUGAACUCCUUGAGGUUGAGGGUCAAGUGGAGGGUCUUUCUUCUGUUUACAGUCAAGUGGUCAUGAAUCUUUGA